GCUAGUUUAGAAUUACAAUUUGUAGAUAGUCAAACAGUCUUAUACACUUUUAUACUUUCACAUGCCCUAGCUUCUGAGGGCCUAGCAGAAAAGUUAAUAGAAGCCGAUACCAGCUGAUACUUUGAUAUACAGAUUUUUCAUCAUGGCUUCCUUUGCAUGGACUUUUAGAGGGAAUAUCAGCCGGUUUUUAACGGAUGUACAGAUAUUACAAUAUCUUAUUGUAUUUAUAAGUUUAUUUAAUCUUUCUCUAUGUCUUUAUGAGGACCAAGUGGGAAAAUUCGAUUGGAAACAAAAUUAUGUUGGCAAAAUAAAAUUUGCCAGUUUUGACACAAUUUCAACGGCUAAAAAGAUUAUUGUUGCGACCGAAGAAAAUGUUAUUGCCGCAUUAAAUCUAAAAACAGGUCAAAUAUUAUGGAGAAGGGUAUUAGAGAAAGGAUACGCUGGUCGUAUUCGUACAUUGGGAGGUGUUGCAGAUGGAGAUCUGAUAUCUGUAAGUGGUGGAGUUCCAGCUCUUGUUCGUGCAUGGGAUUUAGCUACAGGGCAUAUACUUAAUGAAUGGCCAAUUGCUGAACAAAACUCUGAUAGACAUGAUUCUACAUUUAGAUCCUUUUCUACAUUGGGAUUGUAUACUGCUAACAGAAUAGAAGAAGUAAAAUGGCAUAUCAAAGAUGGAACAUUACAUCAUAUUUUACCUAUCUACAAUAGUGGAGUUGAGGUAACAUCAUAUGAUAGUAAAACUGGUGAAAAAUUAAAAUCAAGAAAAGUAUCAGCUCCAUUUAUAACUUCUGAAACAGAAUGUGUUUUAGUUGCCCCAUAUUUAGCUUGCUUAAAGGGGGACAAUUCUUUAGGCAUGCUGUUUUUAGUACAUUUAUUUAAUACAAAUAUAGAACCUCAAAUGGUUACUAUAAAUACUAUAUUUGGUGCUGGAACACAAGGACCAUACCAAUUAGAAUCUGUACUUGGAGAUGAAACUGUAGUAUCUAUCACUGCAGAUAACAAUCAAAGAAAACGAAUUCUUGUUGUUGGAGAAACUUCAGUUCCAAUUCAAAGAGAUAUUGCAGGUGAUACAACUCUAUAUAUCACUUCUAUAGAUAAUCAAAAAGUAUUGCUAGAAUCAACUUAUAGAAAUGAAAUUACAGAAGUUGUAGCAACAGAUCUUUUGACAUUUAAUCCACUACCAAACAUAACUGGAACUUUUUCACAUGUUUCAUUGUUAUCACCUGUAAUAGUGGCAUCAGUUUGUGUACGUCAAACAAAAGGAUUAACAUGCCGUUAUUUGUUGUCUUCACAAGAUCAUAGUAUUGCAUUGUUGCAACAUAACAAAUUAGUAUGGGCAAGAGAAGAGGCACUUGCAAAAAUUGUAGCUGUUGAAAUUAUUGAAUUACCUAUGUCAGAUAGAGAUCAAGCCAUUGAAACGGAAUUUGAUCAGAAAGAAAGUAUUGAUGUAGACAUUUCAUGGGAUGUGUUAAGCAUGAUGUUAAGAAGAAUUAUUUCUCAAUUUAAUCAAGCAAAAGCUUUUAUACAAUCUAUGCUAGAUUUGGUUCCACAGCAAUCUAAUCAACGAACCGAUUUAGUACGAGAUAAAUUCAAUUUACAUAAAAUGAUUGUUACUGUUACAUCAGCUGGAAAGAUCUUUGGUAUUGAAACUAGAAAAGGCGAAAUUAUUUGGCAACUUAAAAUACCAAAUAUUCGUGGAUUUAACAAAAUAUCAGAUACAAUGGUUUUAUACGUACAACGAGGAAGUAGGCAUUUUCCUUAUCCACCUCAAUGUGCAUUAUUAGCAGAAGAUAAAGUAUCUGGAGAAGGUAUUAUAUUUACAUUCAAUCCAAUUACUGGACAGCCUUUAGAUGGAUUGAUAAAAUUAGGAUACAGAAUAAAACAAUCUAUGUUACUUCAUGUAACGACAGAUGAUUUUCUACGAGGCAUUCUUAUACUCGAUGCACGAGAUAAAAUUCAUGUCUAUCCUGAAAGUGCAACUACUAUUGCAGCUUCUCUGGGAAAGAAUACUUAUAUAUUUACUGCAGAUCAAACUACAGGCUUGUUAUCUGGAUUUUCUCUUUCAUACAGUACAUCUCAGGAGUUAAUAGCUCAUAAAGUUUGGGAAUUAUUACUCUCUCCAAAAAGUCAAAAAAUAAUACAAGUUAUCUCAAAAAGUCCAAUCGAACGUGUCCACUCUCAAGGUAGAGUUUUAAGUGAUAGAUCUGUCCUAUAUAAAUACAUUAAUCCAAAUUUAGUAGCUGUGGUAUCAGAAGGUGUUGGAAGUACUCACAAAAAUACACUCAAUCUUUAUUUACUGGAUGUAGUAUCAGGUGCCAUGAUAUUUUCUAUUGUGCAUAAAAGAGUUCGUGGUCCAUUUCAUAUAGUACAUUCUGAGAACUGGUUGAUAUAUAGCUAUUUUAAUGAAAAAAGUCGAAGAACCGAAAUUGCAACUUUGGAACUUUAUGAAGGAAAAAUACAGAGUAAUACAACAGUGUUUUCUUCUUUGGUUACAACCAAAUUACCCAUCGUGGAAAGACAAGCAUACAUUUUUCCAGCAUCAAUAGAAUAUAUGAGAGAGACUAUUACAGAGAAAGGUAUCACUAGUAAACAUAUUAUAGUUUCCCUAGCAAAUGGUGGAAUUAUAGAAUUACCAUGGAUGAUGGUGGAUCCUAGACGUCCUAUUAAUCCUGAAAUGCGUGAAGAAGGUGUUAUACCAUAUAUGCCUGAAAUACCAAUUCAUAUGGAUACUAUUAUAAAUUAUAAUCAAAGUAUAUUUAGAGUAUUAGGCAUUCAUACUAGUCCUAGUGGUCUUGAAAGUACCUGUUUAGUUUUUGUAUAUGGAUUAGAUAUGUUCUACACGCGAGUGGCACCAUCUAAAACAUUCGAUGUGUUAAAAGAAGAUUUCGACUAUUAUCUCAUUGUAAUAGUAUUAGCAGCAUUAUUAAUAUCGUCGUAUGUAACGAAGAAAUUAGCAUCACAGAAGGCUCAGAAGCAGGCAUGGAAAUGAUAACAUUGAUUUUAAUAAAGAAUCAAUGUGUAACAUUUUUAAGUAUUUCAUCACUAUAGGCAAAGUUUUUGCUAAUGAUUUGUAAAAAAAACUGUUUUAUAAAUAGUUAAUUAUAAUACGAAGUAAA